AUGUUGCGACGCUCGCCUCGACUUCCCCCGGAGAUGAUGGAUCACGUUAUCGACUUCGUACCGGAGUACCCGGACAAUCAAUCCAGUCAAGCUACGCUGCUCGCUCUCUGUCUCAGUUGCAAGGCUACCAAGCCACGCAGCGAGAGGAACCUCUUUAGGGCUCCCUACAUCUCUUCUUCUACCGCCUGCUACUAUUUUCAGAAGAAACUCACCGAGAUCCCUGCCCGUCGCGAACGUGUUGAAAGCCUCGUAGUCAAUGGGCGAACCUGGCUGGCUGCUUUACAUAUAUCUGUGUCGGAGCCUCGUGGAAACACGAACUUCCACGUGCUACCAGACGUAUUGCGCGCAUGCCCAAACCUCAAGCACCUCACGAUCUCCAAUUUCUCCGAUGGGCACGGAUAUAGCCUGCUGGAGUUUGCACGAACACAAAGAGAACACUCGGCGUUGCGAUCGCUGACGGUCGAGAACUGCGAAUUUCAAGAGUACAAAGACAUCGAAGCCCUGUUGUGUCGCGUUCCCUCGCUCCGCUCCUUGACCAUGAAGGACAUAACGGUCUGUCAGCCUGUGGAAGCAGGUCUCCGCGCGGCCCAAUCUCUCAUCAAAGCACCUUUGAUUCUACACGACCUGACCUUUCACGAAACGCGGGUCGCAGAACACUCCGAUCGCUCCGUCUACGACCCCCGUUGUCACCCCCUUCACCGCUGGCUUAUGGUACUCACCGCCGCUCACGCGGAACAAGUCGACGUAUCGGUCAUGUUCCUCGAUGAUCACAUCUUCCUCGGCAUCCUCCCUCCGUACGAAGACAUGAAGGCGCUUUCUCUUUCAUUCGGGCACAGGCUCCGCUGUCCCGCACCCUUUUUGCAAAAGGUGCAGAAACAUGUUGUUGCACACGUGCCUGACUUCAGCUUUGGAAUUUCCCACGAGACAAGACAUGCGUGA